CGCACUCAAUCAACCGCACUCAUGGCGUUCUUCACAAAGACUGGCGCUGCGAAAACCUCUUCUGCCCCCAAACAUGUUGUCGACCCAGCACUGCAGCCGUGGGUUGAGAAAUAUCGGCCAAAGACAAUUGACGACGUCUCAGCCCAGGAGCACACAGUGGCUGUUUUGAGAAAGACACUCUCUUCUACUAAUCUUCCUCACAUGUUGUUUUAUGGACCACCAGGAACGGGAAAAACAUCUACGAUCUUGGCUCUAGCGCGCCAGCUUUUUGGGCCCGAUAAUUUCAAGAAUCGUGUGCUCGAACUCAACGCGUCGGACGAGCGUGGCAUCUCAAUUGUUCGAGACAAGAUCAAGAACUUUGCUCGACAAACCCCUCGCGCGCAAGCUGUUGCCUCUGAUGGCAAGGAAUACCCUUGUCCUCCGUACAAAAUCAUCAUCCUUGAUGAAGCAGAUUCAAUGACACAGGAUGCUCAAGGCGCACUUCGGCGGAUCAUGGAGACGUAUGCAAGGAUAACGCGCUUUUGUUUGGUGUGCAACUACGUGACACGCAUCAUUGAGCCGCUCGCUUCCCGCUGUUCGAAAUUCCGCUUUACACCAUUGGACUCUUCCUCAUCUUCUUCUCGUCUCGUUCACAUCGCCGACACGGAACAUGUUCAGGUCGACGGAGCGGUCAUCGAAGCACUGAUUUCAACAUCAUCGGGAGACCUGCGACGAGCUAUAACGUAUCUCCAGUCGGCGUCCCGACUUGCCACUUCGACUGUUCCACCGACACCUAUCACUGCGACCGACAUUCAGGAAAUUGCAGGCGUUGUCCCGGAUGCUGUCAUCAAUUCAUUUGCAACUGUCUUGGGGAUCGACGUUGGAGAGGACAGGAUGGAAGUCGAUGAGGCGACCAAAUCUCAGCGAGGAUUUGAUGCAAUACAAAAGAAAGUGAAAGAGUUGAUGCGGCAGGGAUACUCUGCCGCCCAGACAUUGAAUCAGUUGCAUGAUCUCAUUGUCCCGCAUCCCACGAUGAGACCAAGACAAAAGUCAAAAUGUGCGCUUGCGAUAGCUGAGGCCGACAAAGCAUUGUGCGAUGGAGCUGACGAGGAACUGUGGAUCUUGGAGGUUGCAUUAAAGAUAGACAAGGCGAUGUCUGCGUGA